UUAAGCCCUCCACUUUCUCAAAACACACGAUGGGUAUCACCAAAUACAUCCACUACUCCAUCGACUUGGUUCUUGUGUCUAUCGUGCUCGCUGGGAUCCGCAGAAACACGGGGUUGACGUUUAACGCGGACGAGUUCCAUUCCAUGGACGCCAGAAGGUACAUCUCCAAGUUCUUGGGACUUGGCGAGCGGAUGUACGACUACACGGUUUCAUUGGUCAGACACAGCGGGUACUUUUACCAGCGUAGCUUGAAGGACGAGUUCACCGAUGAGUUGAAGAAGAACUUCAAGAAGAAGGCGAACGAGUUUGACAUUCCUUCUGCCAGAUUGGACUAGAUGGCUUGAAGGCUGUGAUUUGAAGUAAACAUCCAUCCGACGACCAGUGGUUCCACUAGGUACUCAACCGUAUGUAUUACCCUUUUCGUCUCUCGAAUUUCAUUCUCCCAGCUUUCAUUAUCCACAUCUGUCGUGUGGCUGGAGGCAACGUUGCUGCUACGUGGGCCCCCCAACCAGCAGGGACAAACAGCAAGAGAAUAUUAGUCAGUCCCAUGUUUUAGAUGCAUCAUCCGUAUUAUCACGUAUACCUAUGUUGAAAAAAAGGACAUGGACAUUUAUUAACGGGGAAUGGAGGCACAGAGCUCCAAAAGGUGAUACUAACAAUGCAUAUAGCCAAAAAUACCAAGUUUAGCUAAUCCUCCUCGCUCAACGGAAUGGAGGCUAUCGGUUAAUUCUCUCACCGUCUCUACUUCACCUUUAUUAUAAUUUAAUGAUACCUAUGACCACAAGGGGCAUGUACCGGGU